CAAGACAUGACACAAUCAGAUUGGUGAUAGCAUUGGCAGCACAAAACUCGUGGCCUAUUUAUCAGCUAGAUGUCAAAUCGGCAUUUUUGCAUGGAAACUUGGAGGAACAGGUAUUUGUACAACAACCCCUUGGUCAUAUUAAGAUUGGAAAUGAGCAUAAAGUGUAUAGAUUAAAGAAAGCUCUUUAUGGAUUAAAACAAGCUCCACGAGCUUGGUAUAGUCGCAUUGAGGCUUAUUUUUUGAAAGAAGGAUUUCACAAAUGUCCAUAUGAGCACACACUUUUUGUUAAAAUUGGAGAUAAGGGGAAACUGCUCAUUGUCUGCUUAUAUGUAGACGAUCUUAUAUUUACUGGAACUGAUGAUGUCAUGUUUAAAGAAUUCAAGAAAUCUAUGAUGGUUGAAUUUGAAAUGUCUGAUCUUGGUAUGAUGCAUUACUUUCUUGGCAUAGAAGUAGUGCAAUCAGCUAAUGGGAUCUUUAUUUCACAAAAGAAGUAUGUGCGAGAUAUUUUGGACAGGUUUCAGAUGAAGGAUUGCAAUCCUGUAAGUACUCCAACUGAGUUUGGCUUGAAGCUAAACAAAGAUCAUGAAGGGAAGAAGGUGGACAGUACAAUUUACAAGCAAAUUGUUGGCAGUUUGAUGUAUUUAACUGCGACAAGGCCACACAUAAUGUAUUCUGUGAGUUUAAUAAGUAGUUAUAUGGAAAAUCCAACAGAAAUACAUUUGUUAGCUGCCAAGAGAAUCCUUCGUUACUUGCAAGGAACUAGAGAUUUUGGGCUAUUCUACAAGAAGGGUGAAAAGUUAGAGUUGUUUGGGUUUACUGACAGUGAUUAUGCAGGAGAUCAAGAUGAUAGAAGGAGCACUUCGGGCUAUGUUUUUAUGUUAGGCACAGGGGCCGUAUCAUGGUCUUCUAAGAAGCAACCAAUUGUCUCCUUGUCAACUACAGAAGCUGAAUUUAUUGCUGCAACAGCUUGUGCUUGUCAAGCUAUCUGGUUGAGAAGAAUUCUUGAAGAGCUUCAGUUCAAACAAGUUGAAGCUACUACAGUUUUUUGUGACAACAACUCAGCAAUCAAACUCUCCAAGAAUCCUGUGCUACACGGCAGAAGCAAACAUAUCGAUGUGAAAUAUUAUUUUUUAAGAGAUCUCAGCAAUGAUGGAACAAUCAAACUGGUUUAUUGUCGAAGUGAAGAUCAAGUUGCAGAUAUACAGACCAAGCCUCUCAAGUUGGCUACAUUUGUGAGGUUGCGUGGUCUACUUGGAGUUUGUUCACGUGCUGCUGUGGAUUUUCUUUUAAACUGAUUUCUGCAGAUUUCAGUUUAAGGGAGGAUGUUAAGAUUUAAAUGUUUUAUUUUAUAAUAUUUAUGUUCUAGUCAUUGGUAGUUUGACUGAGUCUUUAGGUGUUUAAUUAUUUGAUUUCGUGGCUGAGAAAGUGCCUAGUGUCAUCCUAUUAUAUAGGAGUUGUGGUUUAGUGCUAGAUGAAGUGUUCUGAUGUAAAGCCUAUUUAUAGGCUCUUUUCUUUAUCAAUUACACACAGAGCUUUAUCAUUUCAA